GAUGUGGCCCCAGCCCAGUAGCGACAUGGCGCCAUGUCUGACCUCGAGGCCGCCUUGGAUGCUUUGCAACUUGGUCAUUUCUUGCCAAAGUUGCGCCAGCUGGGUGUAGACAACCUCAGCCAGGUGGCGCAUUUACUCACCUCCGACCUGGCCGAAGUGGGCCUAAAUCGUGUGCAGAUCCGACAGUUGCAGAAGCUGGCGGGGUCCAGUGGAGCGAUCUUGAAGGAGAGCCCCAGCAGCGAUGCCUCAACUCCACCGUGGUCUGAGCGCACCAAGUUCUUUCCACCGCCAAGGGAAGGCCCAUUUCAGAUGUCUCCCCGCCGAAAGUCCGAUGCCAGCACCGAAGCCGCCGUGGCCGUGGCAGCACGACGUGCCAGCCAUGAUGGGAUCUACAAACCCGUGCUGGAAGGAUCUGCUGUUCAUCCGCAAAUGACAGAGAUGAACGCACAGGAAAAGCUGCUGUUGAAGCAGCUGGGUCAAAGAUUCCAGUUGGCCUCUGAGCGCACGGCGGCCAUUGUGUGGGAUGCGCCCGCCAUGAGGCAUUUGCAGGGGGAUGAGUUGCGUGAGUUGGACAUGGCAGAUGACUUUUCCGAAGCUUUCCCGGAGAUGAUGGCAGGAGCUCCAUCCGCCAUCUCUGCCCCACCUGAUGAUGAUGUGCCAGCCACCUUCUACAGGCUAGACUUUGGCGACUCCCCAUCGGUUCAGCAGCAAAUGCCUGAGGCUUUGCGAAAGCGCUUGGAGAAUCGUAAGGAGCAGCUGGUUCAGCAGAAGAAAACUCAGGAAAAAGGCCCUGAGAAGGGCGAAAAAAACGAUAAGUUUGACAAGAAAGAAGCUGGACUUGCAACCCCGACUGCGGCUGUUGCUACUCCCGCAGCUCCAGCCCGCAGCUCUCGGUCUCGGCCGGGUGAUGAGAUUCCGACGGUGCCCCCCUUGAACUUGGAAAGUUCUCCUGCCAAGGUGCGCAGCAGCAGCAUCGGGCUCACGGCAAGGAGGACCAGUCGGGAGGAUGGCGCCAAACGACAGGGCAGCAGUCCUACUGAGAAGCCACACGACGGGAAGGUGAGCAACCAGGGUCAGGGCCGGAAAGCCGAGGAAGGUGGGAGGCAAAUGUUCGACAAGAACACUUUGCGCAUGAUGCAUCGGGAGGUCUUCAAAGGAGCAAUUGGGCGCUAUCAACAGCGGAUGCUCGAGUGGUUGGAAAGAGGCCAAAGCGCUGCCCUUUCAGCCCGAACACCUCGCCGACGAGCCAAGUCUGUACAGGUCUUCGUCCGUGUCCGACCCAUCUUCGACCGGGAUAUCGAGAAGGGUGACUUUGAUGUGAUCUCAGUUGUACCUGGGCAGCUGGUUUUGCACAGUUGCCACUUUGAAGCCGACCUCAAGUCGCCCUUCAUCAGUCACCAUUCCUUCCAGUUUGACCAGACCUUUGGACACACGGCCAGCAACAAAAGGGUUUACAAACAUGCGGCAGCGGAAAUUGUGCAAGCUGCAUGUGAUGGUGGCGUUGGCACUAUCUUUAUGUUUGGUCAGACUGGCAGUGGCAAGACACAUACCAUGUGUGCCAUCGAAGAGAUGGCUACGCAGGAAGUCUUCGCCCAGCUGCCCUUGGAGGAAGAUGAUGAUCCGAUGAUUGGGAUCCAGUUCCUGGAACUUAGAGGGGACAAGUGCUUCGACCUCCUGGCCAAUACCAAAGGCCGCGACUUUCCGGAACUUCGGCUGCGAGAGCAUCAGGGGACCUAUCGAGCUGAAGGCGCCAUGGAACUCUAUCCUCGGGACACCGAUGACAUGCGCGUGGUGCUUGAGACCGGACACGUGAGGCGAAAAACCUCGGCCACUGGAGCGAAUGCCGUCAGCUCCCGCAGCCACGCGGUAUGCAUCAUUCGUCUCUUCAAGACUGGUGGCAUGCUGGUCCUAGUGGACUGCGCCGGAAGCGAACGCAAGAAGGACUCUAUGUACCACACCAAGGAGCGACAACAGGAGAGUGCGGAAAUCAAUACCUCGCUAUCCUCACUGAAGGAUUGCAUUCGAUCACUCAGUUCUCAGCCCAAAGUUCCGUCACAUGUGUAUCGCACAUCCUCGUUGACCAAAGUCUUGGCCGACGCCUUCAUUUCUGGAGACCGGGGCAGGCUUGCCGUAAUAUGCACAGCUUCGCCCUGCGCCACCGAUACCGAACAUACCAUCAGUACCUUGCGGUUGGGAGCCACUUUAGCGGGCUUUGCGGACACGGAAGAAAAGGAGCCUUUGAUGGAUCUACUUCGCGAGCAUCGGGGUCCACCCGAAACACAUCCGAACCAAUGGACUCCGGAUCAGGUGAGAGCAUGGAUUGCGGAAGUCCAAAAUGGCGACUUCGUGGAAAUUCUGGGCAGUUUGCCAAGCAACACCACUGGCCAGAUGUUGGUGAGAUUCACUGAAUCUAGAUGUGUGCAGCUUUGUGGCGGCAAUGCCAGACGCGGCCAAUUGUUUUUCAAGCUCUUACACAACGUGAUGCAGCGGGUUGAUGCUUCCCGGAGACAGUGCGUCAAGGGACAUAGCAUGCUACGAUCCACAAGCGCUGACCGCUAUGGAGGGGGCUUGCAGCCGCAAAAAAACUUCGCAGCUGGGUUUUGCUGUGACUUUGGAGUCUUAAACAUAACAUGUGGCCAAAAUGCUUCAUCCACAAUCUCGGUUGCUGGUAAAUGA